UACUGCGUGGCGUCAUUAGAAAGCGCCCUACAACAGCUAUUAUAGCGUUCUUUUUUUAUUUACCUCAAGCUGCGUCCCGCAAUGGAAGUAAACAGGGACGAAGCAGAGCGUUGCAUUGACAUUGCAACUGCUGCAUUAACAAAUAAUCAAGCAGAGAAGGCUGUUAGAUUUCUAGAAAAGGCACAGAAACUUUUUCCGACGGAUAAGGCGAGAGCACUGCUGGACUUGAUUGCAAAAAAUGGUUUCACCCCUGGACAUGACAACCAGUCAGGAACCAGUGAUGGCACUGGGCCAAGGCAGCGAAGACCUGGGGAGGAAGACCAAGGAGAGAAGGCCUCACAGACAGCCAAAUCCUACACCUCAGAUCAACUGGAUGCUGUCAAGAAAAUAAAACAGUGUAAAGACUUCUAUGAGAUUCUUGGAGUGAAGAAAGAUGCAUCUGAAGAAGAUCUCAAGAAGUCGUAUCGAAAAUUAGCGUUGAAAUUCCAUCCCGACAAAAACCACGCACCGGGUGCCACUGAGGCGUUUAAAGCUAUUGGAAAUGCCUAUGCCUGCUUGAGUAAUGCUGACAAGAGGAAACAGUAUGACCAGUGUGGUGAGGAAAAGAGACAUCCGUCAAGACAGGGCCAGACCAACGGCGACUUCCAGGCCGAUAUUUCACCUGAGGACCUCUUCAAUAUGUUCUUCGGAGGGGGUUUUCCAGCAAGCAACGUUCAUGUAUACAGAAAUGGGCAUCAGAGACCAGCGGGUCAACGGGGACAACAAAGAGAGGUAUGCCAGUGUUUUUUUUUUUCGUGAUUGCACAUUUUCCAGUUCAGGUCAUUA